AUGCAUUCGGCCGUCCUUCCCGCGCCCUCGACCCGCAAGCGGUCACGGGCAUUGAUCGAGACCCCUCAAGAUGCCACGGUCGAAGAAGAGGGGCACUCCAAGGGCGGGCACUCACUGCGCAAGCGAGCCCGCAUCGACUACACCCAAGAGGUCAUCGAUGACGAGGUCGGCGUCGCGAUAACCAAGACCGCGGCUGCCACACCGACCACCCGCAGUCGGAAGAGGAGGGGUGCCGCCGACGACUCCGAGGAGGAGUCAGACCGCGAGGAGUUUAGCUCCGCCAACAAGCGCCGGCGGGCCGAGGGGUCUCCUGCUCCGAUGGGCCGCACAGCGGGCUCCUACCGCCGCCGGCAGCCAUCGGCGAGCAAGAAGCCGGCCACCGAAGUCGCCCCCGCCCUCGCCGCCAGCGUCGUCGGUCAGUUGGCUGACGACGUGCAAGACACCAUCCUGGUCGGGGUGCCCAUGGACGACACUGGUGCCGAAUCGACCCAGUCGUCGCCUCAGAAGACGGAUUCGCGUUCUGAUUCAUCGAUUCGGUCAGCGGAUAAGGACGCCGGCCGGACAAAAGAAACCUCUCCGGCGCCCCAGCAAGAGCUUGACGCGUCGUGGGGCACGUCAGCUGCCAGUUCGGCCACGCUCGCGAGCAACUCACCGGUCGACGAGACCAAAGUUACGCAAGAGCAGCGCCUGACCAUCGAGCCCCCCGCCGCCGCUGCAGCCGCCAAGGACAGCCCCCGGCCGAGCGAGCCCAAGGCUUCCCCUUCCCCCUCCGCCGAGUCGGCCCCCCGGCCGACUACUGAAAACGCCGCUGCCAGCGGCCAGCCUGCGCCCGAAGCAAAGCCCUCUGAGGGGUCUGCCGCUGCGCCAGCUGCACAGGCCGAGGUGUCUAGCCCGUUGCUGCGCCGGGCUGCCAAGUCGACGGGGCCGGCGAGGAUGCGAGCGUUAGAACCCAUCUACUCCUCGCCGACCCCGUUUGGCACCCUCCUUAAGCUCACCCCUUACGAGAGUGAGGACAUUGCUCUUCCCGGCCCAUUCACUGAAUGGGUCUACCCGGCCGCCGACAAGGCCAAGGCUGUCGAGCCCACGCCGGUGGUUACUCCCACCGCAGCCUCGGUCUCGACUGAGCCGAAGCCUGUUGUCAGUUGGGAUGCUCGCCGGCCGUUAAAAGUCAGCGAGUUUUUCAACCUGUGGCGCCAGGAGAAGAAGCGCCGUGAGGAGGCUGGCGAGCCGCCCAUCUCACUGGUCGAGUUCAACAACGUCUGCGCGAAGCGGUAUCGCGAGGCACAAAAGAACCUUGACCAACCUGGUGGGAUCUCGCCGGCUGACGAGGAGGAGGAAGUCCCUGCGCCCAAGAAGUCGGCAACCAAACGCAAAGACGUCGAGGAGUCGGUUCAGGACGACUCCCAAGCUCCCACUGCCGCUCCAUCCCCUGCCGCUGCUGAGGACGAAGCUAACCAAGAAGACGCUGUUGACGAGGAACAAGACACCGCGACCGUGUCCAACAGCCCCGCCCUCAAGCCCGACAGCCCGGUGGAACCGAUCGAAGUCACUCGUCUGCCUCGCAAGCAGUACCUCUUCCCCAAGCUGCGCGAUCCAAACGAGUUUGUCGAGGCCCUCGAGAACUACCAAGAAAUGGACUCAGACAAGCUCUACAGCACGCUUGCUGCCGCCGUUGAGACUAUGGACGUCUACCAGCGCGAGUACAACGAGCUGCGCAAGAUUCUCGACGACGAGGAUAACGCCAAACGUCGCCAGGCCAACGACAAGACCAUCGUCAACUGGGAGAACCGCCAGAAGGCUGACGACCCGCCGCACUGGCGCCGUCAUUUCGACGAUGUUGUCAAGGGACCGACUCCCUACGAGAUUCGUGGCGUGCGCGCCCCCAAGCCGUAUGUCGAUGACCCUGUCCUGGAACACCAGCGUGAAGAGGACCGCCUGAUGGCCCAGAUCUACGGUUUCAAGCAUAACAACCACCCGUCGAUGGUCGGAAGGCAAAAUCCCGAGGAGCAGCGCUGGGAGAUGCCCGAAAAUCGCCUGCGCAAGCGGACUGAGAAGGGGGCUGAACUGGCUGAGGAUAACGUUAUUGAGGGAAAGCGGACGCGCAAGCCGCGGUAUGUUAAUGAAAGCAAGGAUGUCAGUCGCGCAGGUACACCGCUGCCGAGUCUCCCUUGGGGUCGUAGGCAGAGACGCAAGAGGAUUGCCACGCCGCUGGAUGGUGAGGGUGAAGAGGCUGAUGCGCCGGCUGAGAAUGUUGAGCAGCCCGUUCGCAAGGGCAGGAGAGGCCGUCCGCCGGCUUCUGCUGUUGCUGCGGCCACCGCUGCCGCUCAGGCCCAGGCUGACCGUGACGAUCAGGAGUCUGUCAUGGCUGAGGCUCAAGACGCAAACCAGACUGAGGAUGAGAACGAGGUUGAGACCAAGCCGAAGGGCCGCAGACGCGGUCGUAUUGCUGCUGCCAAGCAAGAGGCGCCUACUUCUGUUCCGGCUGGUUUUGGGAAGCGCGGUCGGGGGGCCAACGCUGGACAAGAGACCUUGUAUGGACAGACUGUUGAGCAGCAGCAAGAGUCGAGACCCAGCACCGCGUCGUCAGAGCACACGAAUGAUACCGUCGAGUCGACUUACUCGCUGAGAGAAAAGAAGAGGCGCAACUUUGCGCUGGAAAAUGACCCCGAGAUAGAACCACGCAGGCGUGGUCGUGGCACAGUUAAGCAAGACACCAAUAGCGAGAACAACGGCGAGCCUCGCAGACGUCAGCGUCGCAAGGAGCCGGCUGCUCAAGAUCAACCUGAAGUUCCGAUGCACCCCCAACACCAACAACUUGCCCAGACUGCAGCUCAGUCUGCCCCCGGCAGCCCGCACCUACAGCCGAUUGCAGCAUCGAAGUUUUACCACAGUUUCAUGACCGGCCCCAUGGUCGUCGAGCACAUGCCGCAACAAGCUGCCCAUCAACCUGCUCAAGGUCCCUACUUACAUACCUUUAAUGCUAGCCCCGCGUUCCCUCCCGGUGUUACACCCCCUCCUCCUCCGCCGCCAUCAGUCAAGAAGCCGAUUACUAAGAUCAAGAUCACCAAUCCUCCGGGCCAGACUGGGAACGGUACUUCGAAUGGGUCGGCUUCUGCGUCUGGGUCGACUUCGCGCGCGCAGACGCCUGCUAAUGGUACUGGUGGGAAGGGUAAGGGCAGGAAGAGCUCCGCUGCCGCUUCUACUGGUGAGAAGAAUGGUUCUGGUGCUAGUGCCAGCGCCGGAAGUGGCGUCGUCAAUGGGGACUUCGAUAAGCCUUAUGCGGAGAUGACCAAGAGUGAGAAGAUGAGUUGGUCGAUGAGACGUCGGUGGGCCUCGGGCGAAAUGCAAGGCGCCGUCGAGAAGCGUCGCACUACCCUGGCGAACAAGAAGGCCGAGCGUGCAGCUGCUAACGCCAACAAUAGCUCUAACAACAACACCUCUCAGAACGGCAACGGCACGAACCAGGCCCCUUCCAAUACCGACAGCGCCCCUUCUUCAGCCGGCCCUUCUGAUCCUACUACCCCUGCUUCGUUGACUGGUGGUCCGCUUGCGCUUCCGCGGGGUUCUGUUGGCGGGCUGACAAUGCACCCUCCUCAGCACCAAGUUCAUGGGAUUAUGCAGCAACCUCUGAUGCCCGGCCAGAGAAUGCUUGAGUAUGGCAUGCAGCAUGGACAACUUCCUCCCCCGAUGCAACCGCAGCAACCUCAUGGACAGCAGCACCCUGGUAUUGGGAGAAUGCCUUAG